AUGACUCUCCUCUUAAGCCUGUCUUGUGCUGAGUUUGAGAUAGCACCUCUAUCCUGCCCAGAGUACCAAGAGGGCAUUGAAGGCUCCUGUUAUGAGUUUCUGGGUCUACCACGUUCAAGUUCCUUCCUCAGUGCACAGGGCUGUUGGCUGCUGUUUUUUGACAAUGUCUCCAUAACAUUGAAGUGGCUUCUCCAUCCAUUCCAGGGCAACCUGACCUGCACUCUAAGUGCUGGAGAUGGGCACAACAUCGAUCCUUAUAGUCCAGAAGAGUUGGAGAGCAGUGUGGUUCAUAAAUACACCUAUCCGGGUAUCUUCAUGGGUCGGGUGGAGUGUACCACCAGUGAGUGGCAUGUGACAGCUCAGAAAGCCAUCACCAUUCAGGAGCCCAUCGGGGAGUUUGGCGUCAUUAAGUGCUAUAGCAUGAACCAAUCAACAGAUGGUGCAAACUGCAAGGCCCUGUAUGGAAUCCCCCUUCAAAUCCAGGUAGAAGUAGAAGCUGGUACGAAUGUGACCUACAAACUCCACAGUGGGGAGAUGUUGGUGGCCAAUUCAUCAGCAGUCAGAGGAAUCGUCCCCCACAACAUCACAGUGGGACCAGAGGUGGAACAACAGCUGGGCUCUGGCUGCCACCAGCUGACCCUGCAUGCCUCUAACGGGGUCUCGGUCUUGGGCGUGUCCACUGAGCUGCAGGUGUGUCUGCUGGAGCCUGUGGAGGGCCUGCUGGGAUCAGUGAUGGCUGAGGAGGGAGAGUGUCCAGACUCAGACCUCUAUGUUAGUGUCUACCUAGACCGGGGAGCCCCGGUGCAGCUUCUCUUCCAGGUGUCUGGAGCCAACGACAGCAUCUCUGAGACCAGAGACAUGCAAAACAGCAGCAUGCAGGUUUACAAUAUCUCAACCACUAUCCAAGCUGCGAUAACAGAUGCUGAGCACCAUGACUGCAGUGCUGAAGAAUGUCCCCAACAACAUUCCCCAGGAAGCGUAAGUUACAGCCAGAGCAGUGGCAGGGAUCACCAAGCGGGGGAAGAGGUCAAUUCCCCUGCUCAGCUAGAAGCUAGCCCCCUGGUGGCAGACCUCCGCUCUUCCCUCCUCUCCAUGAACGUCAGUGAGCAUGGUGGAGAAGAGAUGGUGCAGGCAGCUACACCAAUUGUAGAGGCAGCCAGCAAUAUCCUGGGAGUCUCUUCAAAUGCAAGCACACAGAUGCUGAGUUUUGAGAAGAACCCUUAUUCUUGGAGUGAGGGGGGUAACAUCAGUGGUGCCAUGGGGUCUGUGUCUCUCACCAGACAGGAUGGAUCAGCACUCCCUGUGGAGAACCUGUCUAAGGAGACUGAGAUCCUCUUGUCGAGACUUGAAGGCGGGCAGGUGAACAGCACAAUCCUUGACCUGGGAAACUACAGCACACUGAUGAUUGACGUCCCUUCACCAGACAUAACACUGAUUGGUCCUUUAACCAAGCAAUUUGUCACUCAGUGCUUAUGUAACCAUUUGACCUUCUUCGGGAGCCCUUUCUUCGUCAUGCCCAACCUUGUGGAUGUGUCCCGUACCACUGAGCUCUUUGCCACCUUCUCAGACAACCCUGUGGUGGGGUGCUUUGUUGGUGCCAUCUUCAUUGCUUAUCUCUUGGUGGUUGUGUGGGCAAGCAGGAAGGGCAUCCAGGACAUAGCCAAGGUGAAGGUAACAUUGUUGGAAGAUAAUGACCCCUUGGCUGAAUACUGUUACAUACUGAAUAUCAGCACUGGGCAUCGGCGUGGUGCUUCCACCUCCUCUCAGGUUACUGUGACUCUGAUGGGCAUGCAGGGAGAGAGUGAGCCACACCACCUCACUGACCCUGACAAGCCUGUGUUUGAGAGGGGUGCAGUGGAUACGUUCCUGUUGACCACACCCUUCUCUCUGGGGGAGCUGCAGAGCAUCAGGCUGUGGCACGACAACUCAGGGGGGCACCCUGCCUGGUAUAUAAACAAAGGGACAGUGCAAGAUCUAGAAACUGGACAGAAGUGGCACUUCCUGUGUAACUCAUGGCUGGCCAUAGAUAUGGGCGAGUGCAUCCUUGAUAAAGUCUUCCCUGUUGCCUCUGACAUGGAUUUGAAGAAAUGUUUCAUCACAGAUGGGAACUCCAAACUGGUUGGUAAUGCCCAUCUUUGCCAGGUGAGGGUGCAGAAGACGGGCAUUAGGAGCGUUGACCAGGUGGAGGACAUGGGCUCCUAUGGGCCAGGCUGGAACCGCUCUGCGGGUAAAAACACCUCCAAGACCCUCCGCAGCCCCUGGCAGUACCAAACCCAGGCCCGACUCAGAGCUCAACCCAUCUGGGGCAGUGUGGUUCUCUACAGGGGAGGGGGUUUGUGGUGGACCUGGGGCCCUGACUCACAGAAUGCUAGCAGUACCCUUCAGUAUCUGUUUGACAACACCUGGCUUGAUAUGUUCACCCGAGCAGUCUUUGUAGAGUUCACAGUGUACAAUGCCAAUAUCAACCUCUUCUGCAUUGUCACACUCAUGCUGGAGACCACAGCUGUAGGAGCGUUCCAGUUUCGCAGUGAGCUGCAGAGUGUCUGACUAUACCAGUCUACCGGUGGACUCCACAUCUUUGUCAUGGCCUCUGAGGUCAUCUAUUUCCUCUUUAUCUUCUACUACAUGUAUGUUCAGGGAAAGCUGAUGAAGCAGCAGAAGUGGGCUUACUUCAAGACAAAGUGGAACCUGCUGGAGCUCGCCAUCAUCCUCCUGAGCUGGAGCGCACUGUCUGUCUUCAUUAAGAGGAGCCUGCUAGGGAACCGGGACAUGGAGUACUACCACAACCAUAAAGACCAGUUUGCCAGUUUCCAUGAGACAGCCACAGCAGAUGCAGUGCUGGGGUAUCUGAUUGCAUUCCUGGUGCUACUGGCUACAGUCAAACUGUGGCACCUGAUGAGGUUCAACUCCAAGCUACACAUGAUCACAGCCACAGUGCAACGUGCCUGGACUGACAUAUCAGGCUUCCUCGUGGUCAUCACUAUUAUGUUCCUGGCCUAUUCUAUCGCUUCUAAUCUGAUGUAUGGCUGGAAGCUGUACUCAUAUAGGACUCUCCUGGAUUCUGCUCUGACCAUGGUCAGCUUGCAACUGGGCAUCUUCAACUAUGACGAGGUUCUUGAUUACAACCCGGGGCUUGGUACAUUCGUCGUCGGUUCCUUCAUUAUAUUCAUGAGCUUUGUGGUUCUGAACCUGUUCAUCUCAGUCAUCCUGGUGGCGUUCACUCAAGAGCUAAUACAUCACAAGCCCUCAGAGGAGGAGAUAGUGGAUUGGAGGCCGAUGAAGCUCUGCAGCUUGCUUGGAAUCAAAGUUAAGAAGGAAGACAGCGACAACCCCAAGGAGAAUGGCAUGACUGCCUCAGCAACUAACAGAGGAUUCUCCACUAGAUCCUCAUAGAUGAUUACUUCUAAGUACUGGUAUACCACUCUGUAUGUAUUCACAGGGAGCUGUCAUUUUCAGUUCUGGUAUUUCAUAGGAGCAGUGACGCAUUUGUUGACUUGAUGCCUCUAGCUGUUUAGUUAUCUAAUAUAUCAUGCAUAAAUAAGUCUAUUUGUGCCGUUUUGUGA